ACAUCUUAUUUCACCGGCAUUAGGUCGGAAUAUAAACGCCAGUCAAGUUCCCUUUACUUUAUAAAGUGUAAACCAAGCAUAUGGACUUUGUUAAAAAUAUUUGAAUAAUCUGGUCAAUAUUUUUGGCGGUUUCCGUUACUUUCCCCUUCGAAACGGUCCUGAAAGAGACACGGUGACCACAGCAGCCCUGGAACGCCGCCGUGGGAGGGGAGAGUCUGCCUGAUUUCUCUCCGCAUCACGCAGGAACACGACAACCGGCAGUCCAGGGGAGACUAAACCAUGUCGUCGCCGGGGAUGGACGAAGCAUCCUCCCUCCAGUUAUGCAGGGUUAUGCUGCCAGAUGACGCCAAUAUUAUGGGUAACGUUCACGGCGGCAUCAUCCUCAAGAUGAUCGAAGAAGCUGGAAGCAUCGUCGGCACGAGACACUGCAACACACAGAAUGGAGACCGAUGUUUAGCAGCUCUGGUUCGGGUGGAGAAGACGGAGUUUCUGUCGCCUGUGUUCAUCGGCGAGGUGGUCCACGUUUCCGCCGAGAUCACUUACACAUCCAAGCACUCGCUGGAGGUUCAGGUCAAAGUCAUCGCUGAAAACAUCUUGACAGGUGCAAAAAAGUUGGCCAACAAGGCAGCGCUGUGGUACGUCCCCUGUUCUCUGCAGAAUGUUGACAAGAUCACAGAGGUGCCUCCUAUUGAGUAUGCUAGUGCAGAGAAGGAAGAAGAAGGCAGGAAGCGCUACGAAGCACAGAAAAUUGACAGAAUGGAGACCAAAGCGAGGGGUGAGGAGGCGAUGCCGCCUCGACCAAACCCAGAAAGACACACAGUCGGCUUCAGCCAGUCCAGCCUGAUCCAUUUGGUGGGGCCUUCAGACUGCACAGUAGUUGACUUUGUUUAUGGUGGUGUAGCCAUGAAGCUGAUGGACGAGGUUGCUGGAAUUGUUGCCGCUCGGCACUGCAACACAAACAUCGUCACUGCUUCUGUGGAUGCCAUCAACUUUCAUCGCAAGAUUAGGAAAGGUUGCGUGGUGACGGUGACGGGCCGGCUCACGUUUGUCAGCAACAGGUCUAUGGAAAUAGAAGUGCUGGUGGAUGCCGAUUCGCUGAUGGAGAAGCAGAUAGGGAAAUAUCGUGCUGUCUCAGCCUUCUUCACCUUCAUCUCGCUUGACAAGGAAAAUAAACCGCUAAAUGUCCCACCUCUAAAGAUCGAAGGAGACGAUGAGCAGAAACGUUUUGAAGAGGGCAAGUCACGUUACCUCCAGAACAAAGCAAGGAGACUUGCGGAAAAGGAGCGUCAGCAGUGACACUGUGGCUCAGCAGAAACAAAACCCACACAGUACACACACACGUUAUGAUGGAGUUAAUGCCUCUCUGUUAUUGUAGCCUGUUAAACCGUAUUCUGUGACCCUGUUUUGCAGCAGCGCUACUCACCAAAGUGUUCCCAAAUACAUGUGUGCAAUAUCAAUAUAAAAGUAAUAGUAUUUUUUUUUUAAGUUUAAGGAGAGUUUUAUGACUGUACUGUAUGUAAAAUCUAUUUAUUACUGUUUGUAUUAACUGACAGUGGGAUUGUAGAAAUACCAUAUUGUUUUGCAGGAAUAUCUCUAACUAUACAGAUUUGGCUUUGAUGUCAGCCCAAAGUAAUACUGAGAGUGAAAGGGAAAUGAUGAAUAAGUGAGUGAAUAAAAAAAAAAAAAGAGCCAAGCGUGAGUCGGGGGCUCUCGCAGCAGUGCCCUUGCGUGUUUGAUGAUAAUUAUGUCAUUGUCUUAGGCAUGUCUUGGCAGAGAGGGCACAUGCCAGCCAUCUUUUCAGCACUGUGUCUUUCACAGAGUUCAUCGGAGCUCAGGGGUUUUGACUCAUCCAGCAUCUCUUCCCCCACCUCCGUCUUCUUCCUCCUCUGCCUCCUCCUCCUCCUCCUCAUGCCUGUCACACUCUGACUUCAGCCCGUGUCAUGCUCGCAUCCGUCUCCAUCUCCUCGCAACGUCGCCUUCUUGCUCAUUUACUCUAUUUAUCCUUAAGGCUCUUCUUCUAUCCCAUCAUCUGCCCGCCUCACUCUCAGUUUGCACAGAUGAGAUAUGAAGAUUGCUUUCGGCCUUAUAAGAAACAGAAAGUAUUAAUAUUAUAUCGCUUGGUGCAGAAGGUAAGAUUGGGACAAUGAAUUAUUCAAGAGAAGAGUCCAUGUCCAUGUGACUGUGUCAAAACUGAAUUAUCUUUCCAGUGAGAGGACUACAUACAGUCUCCAUUAAAAGAAAGAAUACCCUCUUUCUAUUCUAUGCUUAUGUGUGAAUACAACAAAGAAAACUUGUUUCUAAAACAAUUUAUAUCAAAUUUGGAUUGUGGAAACCACCCUCAUUAAAUAUUAAACAACAAUGAACAACGAAAAUGGUGACAUUUCGUGAUGUUCAGUUAAUCAGGCAUAAUUAACCAGCAGUACCUACCUGCUGCUUACCUUAUUAAGUUGUAUAGGAUUAGCAACAGAGUACUUAGUUUUUCACACACAGCUUUUACCUUUUGGGUUCAUUUUUGUUUGAUAAUUAAUGUGUUGAAUCUGUUGAGCGAUUUGUACUCCAAAGGUACCUCUACAACACAAAACAAAAUGUAGAAACUCAAACAGCACACCAUAUCCUUUUGUUAGUAACGCAUUCAAUAGAUAAGACUAUUAUUGAAAAGCAUGUUUUUUUCAAUAACUAAAAAAAAAAAAAAAAGAAACAUUAUUUAGAUUAAUUACACAUAGGUGGAUGUUCUGUUAAUGAGGUUCAUUUUCCACUUACAGCUAAUAAAAAAUGAUAUAAAAUUGAAAUAUUACAUCAGACCAAUAAAACACCUUAAAAAAACCAAAACAAAUGUGGACUUAAUGAAAUGUUAUUUUCAAAAGGAGUACAGACAAAUGAGACUCAUUGGGAUGCAUAUUCUAAAUGGUUGAAUAUAUAAAUAUUCUGACAUUUAAAACAUAAAAUUGAAGGAGGGUGUGCUGUCUUUUUUUACCAUGACUGUAUUUUUUAAUUGUCAGCUAUAGAAAAACAAUUUAAAGAGACACAAUCAAAAAACUUGGAUUUUAUACUUCUAAAAAGUAAAAGCAACAUUAGUUUAAUCAUGAUAAAUAGCUUUCAAGGCUUCUAAAUCCCCUUCUUUGUUUGUGCACAGAAACUCUCUUGUCAUUGGCUCUUGAAGGUUAUUGUUUUUCCUUCUGUCCCUGCAGCCCGAUCAGUAUAUGUGCUUUUCAUUUCCCCUGCGAAAAUAAAGUUAGGCCUGAGCUGCACUGGGGGUGGGGAGCGCGAGGGGGGGGGGCAUAUCUAUUUUUAACUCCAGUGAAUCGCAGGCAUCUUGUGGGAGAAGAACACAGGGAGGGAGACACAAUGUUGAAAUGACAGGAUGCUUUUCACAUGGCAAGACAAGACCUCCACGAAAUUUGAGCUGAUUGGAAGACAUUUGCAUUAUGCACAACAUACUGUGUGCACGGGCGUGCAUGCCGGAAAACUAUUCUCAUCAUUUCAAUGGCCAUUUCUGUCUUCAGUCAUUUCAGUUGGUGGCAGCUUAGAAACUAUACUGUAACCAUGGUUACUUAAGUGCAAGAUUAGAUUUAAAAUGGAAGAAAUUACCUUAUCAUGGUAAAGCAAUCUGUUCAACUUCCUGUACACGUAGCAGGAAAACUGCUAUUGGAUAUUAUAAAGUGCGUCCUCACAGAAUACCAAGAAAGAAUUUACAUCCAUUCACUUGCAAUCUUCAAUUUACACUUCUCACUGUAAAGACAGUGACCCCACCAGAGGGUCCAUGUUAAACUGCUUUUCCCACAAGAGAAUACGAGUAAUGAAUGAGGACGAAAUGCUGAUCUCGCGUUUCCGCUCAUGCCUCUGCAUCCAAAUCAGGAGAUAGCGGCACACUCGCUGCUGUAUCCUGUACCCUGGAGAGACUGUCAAGGCUGCUUUUAUAAAUGAUUCUCCGGCACAGCAAGAAAAACCAUUAGGGAACGCAGAGGAAACGAUAAAUGACCCAGGGAGGUGUUCAGAAACCUCAUGCAUUUAUGAAGCAAUGAAAUCCGGGACUUUGCAUCUUUUUCACCCUUCCGCCCCCCCCACCACCCUGGUAGUGCUUGCAUUCAGGGAUUGCUUUGUCAGUCAUUUUCUUGCUGCAGGGACCUCAGCUUUCACACAUGCGAGACAAAACACAUUGACCUGGGUGGAUUGUGUGUUUAAAUCUGACUCGCACAAAUACGUUUGUCAAUAUUUUGUGUGAGGGAAAGAUUCCCUUGGAGUCGCUGGUCGAUGCUGCAGAUACUGAAACACGGAAAGCUGCACACAGAAGAUAAUUUUAGAAAAAAUAAAUAAAUGCCUUUUUUAUGAGA